GUUAAGUUUCCUUAUCUUUAUAUAUUUACUAUUUUCCAGUAAUAAAUUCGAGCAAAAUUAUAUUUAUCUGCUAGUGCAUAUACCCCAUUCAAAGAAUUGUCAUGACUCGACCGCACACACACUUAAUCACGCGUACUCACACACACACACAAAGUCGAGUCAUAAAAAGUCAAACCACAUGUUGUUUUCGAAGUCUCGAGUCAGCUUUAAGCAGCAGACGAGAAACUUUGCCGGCAUGCGGCGAGUGCACGUGUUUGUCGCCUGAUUCUCGAACGGGCCACCGCAAGUUUCGCCUCAGGCAAAAGCAAAGAGCGAGCGAGAGAGCCGCUCAAGCCGACAGACGAAUGAGCUUCUCAGCUCAGCUGGACUAUGGCCAGAGCUGGUGAAGCACACAAAUAUUUCGUCUUGAUUGUAUGCGGACUGGAAGUGUCGGCAAAUGUUAUUGUUAUUGUUAUGGUUUGCAUGGCGCAGGCAACAAGUCGAGAGAGAUGUAGAAUGACUGAGCUGGAUCGAGGCGCAGUGCCGGUAACCGGUUUCAGCUGCCAGCCAUGGAGUUCCCCGGGUCGCCAAAAUUGUAUGCGAGGGAACCGAUCUGUAAACUGUGUCAAAACACCUCACAGAUCUGAGAUCGCAGCUAUGGCAAUGUCGGAAGAGAAUCAAGCUCGGGCCAUAAGCAGGCAAACAAGUGGGGGAAAUUGAGACAAACAGCUGAGGCUCACAUUUUGUGUCAACAACUAUUUGGGGCCUCACUUCUGAAUACCGUUUCGGUUACGUACACCCCCGCCGUGCCGCUAAUUGUGAAUUGUGAAUUGUGAAUUGUGAAUUUGGCUCACGCGUUGGCGGCGGCAGUAAAGUCUCGUCUCGCUUUAAAUAUUUA